AUGUUACAAAUGGUUGAUACGAAUGAUCCUUUACAAGAAGCUUCUUUACUUUCAUUUGCUUCGGUAAGAGCACCUAUUGGUAUGAUAAAAGUAACUCAAGAAAAUUUUGAAGCAUUAAUGAGUUUAACUAAUUUAAUAAGUACUGGAGAAAAUGUUAGAAAACGUAUUUUAAAAGAAGAAGAAUUUUCAAAUAUUGAACUACAUAUAUUUGAAGAACAUCCAAUGUUAAGACGAACAACAAUUGAAUAUCUUGAUUAUAUAAAAGAUUUAAUAUUAAAAGCUAAAGAACGAAAAAGAUUAAAUGAUUUAAUUGAAGAAAAUCAAAUUAUAUGUGAAAAAAGUAUUAAUGAAAUGAAAAAUGAUCAACUAGCCAAUGAAAAGGUCUUUCUCCAGGUGCCAAUUUCUAUCUCUCGAGUUGGUACAAGAGACGUGAGCUCUCGUGGCGUGUAA